UAGUGUCGACUUACCAUCGGUUUUCGUUCCAGCUCUAGUGCUCGCUGUGGGCGAAAAAGUUGUCUCAUUUCUGCGGAAUUAAGGCGUUUUCAAUAAAAAGUGCAUCUAUUCGCGAGUGGCGACAGGUGAAGCGGCCCCUGGAAAACGCAUUUGGCGGCAUCAAGUGAAAAACAGUGUGCCCUCGGUAGCAGUGACGGCGGUCUUAAAAAAACAAAAGCGUAGAGAUUUCCGCCUUAAAAGCAACAAUUGAACGCACGCAACUCGGCGGAAGGUGCGAGCGAGAGAGUGAGAGGCACAAACACCAGCACACAGUACACGCAGCAACACAGACUCACACACAUACACGGCACAAAGGUUAUCAACAGUAAAAGCAACAACAAAAACAACAAACUUACUUUAAAUAUAUAACAUAAAAUAACUAAAAUAACAACUGCAACCGAAAAGCAAUCGCCGAACAACGCCUAAAAACUAGUGAUUUUCAGGGGAGAAAAACCCAGUAGAAAGUAAAAAAAUACGAAGUAAACCCCACCUACCUGGCCUACCUGCAUUUUGGGUCUCUUCUCUAGAAUUUAGCACAAGAAACCAAACCCCCGAGAUAUACAAAACAUAUAGCCAAGAUGCGUGAGUACAAAAUCGUAGUUCUCGGCAGCGGCGGCGUGGGAAAAUCGGCGUUGACGGUCCAGUUUGUGCAGUGCAUCUUCGUGGAGAAGUACGAUCCGACCAUCGAGGACAGCUACAGGAAGCAGGUGGAGGUGGACGGUCAGCAGUGUAUGCUGGAGAUCCUGGACACGGCGGGCACGGAGCAGUUCACUGCCAUGCGGGAUCUGUACAUGAAGAACGGCCAGGGUUUCGUGCUCGUCUACUCGAUUACAGCGCAAUCGACAUUCAACGAUCUGCAGGACCUGCGGGAGCAGAUCCUGCGGGUGAAGGACACGGACGAUGUGCCCAUGGUCCUGGUGGGCAAUAAGUGCGAUCUAGAGGAGGAGCGCGUUGUCGGCAAGGAGUUGGGCAAGUCCCUGGCCAACCAGUUCAACUGCGCCUUCAUGGAGACCUCAGCCAAAGCCAAAGUGAAUGUGAACGAUAUUUUCUACGACCUGGUCCGGCAGAUCAACAAGAAGUCGCCCGAGAAGAAACAAAAGAAGCCGAAAAAGUCCCUAUGUGUUCUGCUAUAAGACUUCCAAAAACAAAACAAAAACAAAAAGAAUACAAAAACCGAAUGGAGAAGAAAGGAUCUAGAGGAUAUAGGAGGAAGAGGAGAAAAAGUAUAAGCGUAAAGUAAAGAAUUUUCGAUUUUUUUUCGUUCUCGUUUCGUUUUUGGAUCCGAAUGGCAAUUGUCGAAAAAUUGAAAUAACCAAUCUACUAUAUACAAAACAAAACUUAAACUGACAAAUGUUUUUUAACUGUUUCAAGUUUUUGUAACUAUUACCAUUUACUACUAUUAUGAUUGUACUAUUUUUCGCUGAUUAACCAUUACGCAUAUGGGGAAUUAUUAUAUAUAUAUCUACAUAUUUAAAUAUAUUUGUCGUUCGUUUUUGAGCCGUUUUUUAAAUUAUGCAACAAGUGAAACAUUCGUAAACUAAAACAUUCGUAUUUAUUGAUUCUUUUCGAUUGUACUCUACACAACUACAUCAACUUAUACACGAAAAACCCCAACCAACAACAAGUAUAUCUUUAAAUAGAACCGAAAGAAACAUUCAAAACCCAAAAUCAAAUUAAGCUAAAAUAAAUUGUACGCCUAAAAGAUAAAAAUUCCACGAAAGAAUUGAGCAAAUAAAUCGAGAAAGGGAAUAAAUCAUGAAUAAGGAACAUAUUUUAUAAAAAUAUUGUAUGCAAAUGAUGUCAAAAUGUUGCAAACAACCAGAAGUAAUGAGCCCAUUUAGUAAUUAGUUUAAAACAAAUUUACAAGUAAUUGUUUAACAUGAUCAAUUGCAUUCGAAAUUAAAACACACCCACACACUCCACAUACCAGCCACAUCCCACACAUACACAUUUACACCCAUAAACACACACACUGACACACUCCGACGCGCUCUCAGAGAGCAUUCUGAAAAAAUGCAAGGCGGAAACGGAAAUGAGAAGGAUUGCUAAGCUCGUUUCCGCUUCCUGUUAAAAAACCAAGUACAGAGACAGCCACAAAUUCUAGUAUAUUUAAUACAUAAGGAAUGGUUUAACAUAAACUGUCGUGUCAAUCCCAAAAUGAAAAGAAACCUAAAAACGAGCAAAGUAAUUUACAAAUAUUUCAUAAUAAACAUUGCAUAAACUUCGCGUACGAGUAGUAACCAAUAUGCCCUUAAAUCAAAGUCUAAACACAGCCAACCAACAUUAAAACUAAAUAAAAGCGUAUAUAUUAAAUAUAUGGUAAAGAUACAAAUCAUUUUUGAACAUAAUAAACAAACAAACCGUUACAAUAACAUAAUGUAAUAAUGAGCGUGUGAAAAUGUAAUUGAAAAACCAUUUUUUCGAGCUUGUUACCCUAUUGACCGGGUUUUUGGGAUUUUUUUGUAAUUCUGAUCUCAGAUACUUGAUGGUCCCCAAUUCGCGGUGCAGUAGGUCAACAUGGUCGAUCGUCUUUUAAUUAUUAAUAAAUGUAUUAUGUUUAUAAAAAAUUAAAAAGGAAAUGCAAAAACAAAAUAAAAAUUAAAUAAAUUCA